AUGCAGUCCUUUGCCAACAAUCUCUCCAUCCGGGUUUCAGUCUCUGCGAAAGCCGACCAGGAGUUCGACGCCGCAUUUGCUCCUGGAAGAGAUAAAGGCAAGAAUACUUACAGAUACGUUCUCCUUCGAUUCCCUCUACUUUCAUUCUUCAUGAUACGCACCAUGUCUGUCAACCACAGAGAAACAAAACCAUCUCUUGCCCAUGCAACAACGCCAACUCCUGAUCUGUUCAGAAUCGAUGGGAGGACGGUACUAAUCACUGGCGGUGGAGGUGCAGUGGGCCUGGAAGCUGCUCGUGCUGUCCUCGAAAGCGGCGGCGACGCAAUUUGCAAAGACCGCCAAGAGAAACCGCUGGAAGUGCCAUGGCGCACCGUUCUCGCCGCGUCAAAGAAGUACGGAACACGCGCAUGGUACUACCAGUGUGAUGUGACCAACGAGGAGAACGUUCGACAUGUAUUCAAGACAUCUAUGGAGGGCAUUCGGUUUCCUUUCCGAGGCAUGGUGGCCUGUGCCGGCAUCUCUGGUGAUGGCGCAACCAUUGACUUCCCGAUCGAUAAAGCAAAGCGAAUACUCGAGGUCAAUGUGACGGGGAGCCUCAUAUGUGCUCAGGCUGCUUCCCGAGAGUUCCAACAACAAGGAGCCCCGGGAAGUAUUGUUUUCAUCGCCAGUAUGAGCGGACAUAUCAGUAACAAAGGACUCGACACAGCAGCGUACAAUUCUUCCAAGUCGGCCGUGGUUCAGAUGGCUCGAUCGCUGGCGGCCGAGUGGGGAAGUCGAGCCGGCAUUCCACUCAUCCGUGUCAACACCGUGUCGCCAGGGUAUAUCAGAACCCGGAUGUCGGAAGCUUCCCUGAAGGAUCCUGAGAUCGAGAAGAAAUGGAUGGAGGAUAACAUGCUGAUGAGACUGAGUGAAGCUCAUGAGUACAGAGGGGCAAUUGUGUUUCUUCUGAGCGACGCAAGCAGUUUCAUGACAGGGUCAGACAUUAAGGUUGAUGGGGGACAUACUGCAUGGUAG